CUGAGAGGCGGAUAGUUUCAAACCCGCAAACAUACGCAGAGAGGGAGACGGACGGAGAGACACACAGACACCUCCUGCGGUGCUGCUGAGGGAUACAAUGUGGCUGCGAGAGGAGCUUUUGAAAUCCAUAUGGCACGCAUUCACAGCCCUGGACGUGGAUCAGCGUGGAAAAGUCUCCAAGUCUCAGUUAAAGGUGCUGUCUCAUAAUCUGUGCACAGUUAUGAAGAUCCCACAUGAUCCUGUGGCCCUUGAAGAGCAUUUCAAAGAUAACGAUGAAGGGCCUCUGUCCAACCAGGGCUACAUGCCUUACCUCAACAGGUUUAUUCUUGACAAGGUGUGUGGGGAUUUCGACAUAAUGGAGUUCAACAGGAUGUGCUGGACACUUUGUUACAAGAAAAAUAUACACACAAAACAUUUGCUCAUCUCAGAUAAUGACGCUUUCAAAGUGUGGUGCAUUUUCAACUUUCUGUCAGAGGACAGAUACCCGCUAGUCAUCGUCAUGGAAGAGAUCGAGUACUUCCUGCGAAAGCUCACGGAAGCCACGGGGACUGUUUGGAGUAAAGAGAGCUUUGCAGAAUAUAAGCAGCGUCAGAACUCGAAGAACUUCCUGACUGCCUGGGAGCUGAUUGAACUGGUGGGAAUGGGUUACUUCAGCAAAGGUUUAAACCGCCAGAUCCUGUCCAUGGGCAUCAAUGAGGUCUUCAAUGAGCUCAUACUGGACGUUCUCAAGGAGGGAUACAUGAUGAAAAAAGGGCACGUCAGGAAGAACUGGACCGAGCGCUGGUUUGUCCUCCGACCCACGUCACUGUCGUACUAUGUGUGUGAGGAUCUCGAGGAGAAGAAAGGAGACAUAAUUCUGGACCAAAGCUGCUGCGUGGAGUCGCUGGCAGAUAAAGAAGGGAAGAAAUGCCUUUUUAUUAUAAAGUGUGCUGACAAAAGCUUUGAGAUCAGCGCGUCAGAUAAAAAGAAGAAGCAGGAAUGGAUUCAAGCUAUUCAAACGUGCAUCCAGCAGCUGAGGCUGGGGCUGCUGUCUCCUCACCGCGAGGCCCGGCUCAGGCGCUGGGAGCUCCGGCAGAGGCAGCAGGUGGAGGAAGACGACCUGGCAGAGAGGAUGAGGCAACUCCAGGCGGCCAAUGAGAGCAAACAGAGAGAGCUGGAAGCCAUGAGAAUUAAAAUGGAAGAGGCUGCGGCUAAAGCGGCGCUGGAGGAGCAGAGGAGGAAGCAGACUCAGUUAGAUCUGCAGGAUCGCUACAGACUGGACUUGGAGAGAGAGAAGAUGGUGCGUCAGCAGAUGGAGGAGCAGGUGGCCCAGAAGUCCAGUGAACUGGAGCAGUACCUGCAGCGCGUCAGAGAGCUGGAGGACAUGUACCACCGGCUGGAGGAGGCCUUAGAGGAUGAGAGGCAGGCCAAGCACGAUGAGGAGGCUAUGCGGAAGCUGCAGGCCAGCCUGCUGGAAGAGGAGGCAGCCAAGAGGGCAGAACUGGAGCGGAUCCAACAGCAGCAGCAGAGGGCGCUGUCUCAGACCGAGGCAGAGAAGCAGGAGCUAAUGGCCGAGCAGCUGGCCAAGGAGAGAGACCUGCAAGCAGCCGUGCAGCAGCUGGAGAGGCUGCAGAGGGAGCGGCAGGGAGCAGUGAAGCAAUAUGAGGAAGUGACGAGGAAACUUGAGCGAGCAGCUAACAAGACUAAGACUUGGAAAGACAAGGUGGCGAAGCAUGAGGGGCUGGUGCGUUUUAUCCAGCCAGGUCACAAAGAACCGCAGAAGAUCACUAACUGGGGUCCUGCAUCGUUCACUGACACUGAGCUGGAUCUGAAGAAGAAGUUGUGGCAGGAGCGUAAGAACCAGGGAGCUCAGACUCAGUGAUUUAUACAUGGAUAAUUCAGUGUUUGUGUUCGAAGUCACCCGACUGUUCACUGCUUUGCUAGUUUCUGUAUAAGAAACACUAUCAGUGAUAGCCUUUUUUUGGAGGCCAGGUAAUCAUAUACCUAAAAAACAAUAAAAAUAAUAAAAUGCUCACAAAUUGACACAAAUGUUGACGGUAAUGGCCCAUUUCACAGAUAAAUCCAGAUUAAUUUGACUGUAUCCAGUACCAUUAACUGCAAAUGAUGACAUUUUAAAUAUAUUCUACAACACUGAAAAUAGGUGCACACUCUUUAAUUUGUUUAUUCUGCAAAUUACUGGCAUCCUGUAGAGCAGGAGUUUCAAACAUAAGGCCCCAGAGACAAAGACUCCAAUUCAGAUCGCUGGACAACUUUGGAAAGAGUGCAUAGAUUUGGACCUUUUAACUGUGUUUUCAUAAGUUUUAAAGCUCAAGAUCAAAGUGGACUAUAUGUGUCACAGUGAGCAUUAUUGUACUAUAUAGUUCAUGUAAUAGUAAAGAGUUGAAGAAAGAACCCUGCUUUUAAAUACAAAACUUUUACUUAUCUGCACAUAAUAAAAUAAAAUGUAAUCUUUGCCAGGUCACAAAAUUAGAUAAAUACAGCCUGAGAUGAACAACAGCACACAAAGAUUAGAUCUUGUCGUUAUUUAUUUAGCAGAAACGAGUCCAAAAUGCACUUAGAGGGGUUCAUGGUCGGCUCAAUAACUGCAAGAUGUGCAGGUCCCUUGGUUGCAGUGCAAGCCUGAAAGCCUCCGCUUUUAUAGAGGUGCUCACACUUGCUGGCAAUCAGUUAAUCAAGUGCAUUUUACUUUCAGCAUCUGGCUGCUGCUGGUUCCUAUGAAAGCAGUAAAGGUCUAGUUCGUUUUUCACACACUGCUUCUGCAUUUUGGCUUAAUUUUGUUAAAUGAAUAAUGACACGAUGUAACAGACCACGUGCCGUUGUGCAUCUGAGGUUGUAUUUGCCUCAUUUUAAGACCUAAGGAAUAUUAUUUUUAGUAUGUCCCGAUAUGUAAAAGGGUGUUUUUUCUUUUUUUCCCAUAUGUAUCAUCUUAAUUUUAAGUCCUCUGUGUCAGCUCCUGUCAUGGAAAUGUAUGCGUCCUCAUUUUAUUGUCCAGUGAUUGUGGGUUUGCUUUUAGGAUGCAAACAAGUUACUCUUCUGCUCUACUUUUUAUCCCAGUGUCUACAAUUAAAGACUAAAUAAACACACUCGAACAUGGCAGACAGAAAAAGUAGGUAAAGUAGUGAACAGGCAGUGAGUUUUUUCACAGCCUCUGACUGUAAUGAAAUGUAACAAGUCUAAAGGCUUGAUAACAUGAACUCACCAAACCACGUGAAAAAUGUAAAAAAAAAUGGUUUACUUCUCUGGUUCACUUGUAGAUGUAGAGCUUCGAGUAAUUUUCUUCUGUAACAAAAAAUCAAAUCCAAGCCUCAGAAGUUUAUUUGUUACCUUGGAAAAAGGUAAUAAUAACAAGCAUCUCCUGAUGGUGAUUAAAAGAGGUGAUGAGCUGAGAUAAUUUGAUCACAGGUUAACAUCCACCUUUUUUUUUUAUUCAUUUGAGUUUCCCGUUUUAGAUUUUAUUUAGAUUUUAUUCUCAUCUCAUGUGCUGUAUUUCAUGUUAGUACUUUGCUUUUUUUUUAAAAAAAAUAUUUUGACUUGUUAGAAGACUUAUUGUAACAUAAAAGGAAAAGGAGGAGGAUAUGUGGGCAGAAACGUUUGCUAUACUGUCCCAGGUCAUCAACUCUAGAUGAGUUAAUUGUGUCUGUUAUAACCAACAAAUUAAAGCAUUUUUUCACGACGGUG